UGUAUAUUACCACGAUGAGUGCGGGCUUUCAUCAGACAAGUCUGAGAAGUAUAUCCUAUGAGUAUAGCCAGAAGGAUGCUGCAACAGGCUCUCAAAGUUUCAGGGAGGAGUGCUUCUCCAUUGAUAAAAUGCCUGGAGAGGUGGGUUGAGGGCGUUAGCGCUGCGUACGCGAGGCGGAAUGACACGCGACAGGUGAAGACUCUGGAGGAGAUGCCCGGGCCUUCGGUGAUGAGUUUCGCAUGGGACCUCUUCGCUAAACGGGGAUUGUCACGUCUUCAUGAAUUACAGCUGAAGGGGAGGGGGCAGUAUGGUCCCAUGUGGAAAGCCAGCUUUGGACCCAUCCUGACGGUCCAUGUGGCAGAACCAGAGCUGAUAGAACAGGUUCUGAGACAGGAAGGUCAGCAUCCCAUGCGUUCGGACCUCUCCUCCUGGAAGGACUACCGCCAACUCCGUGGCCAUGGAUACGGACUCCUGACUGCUGAGGGAGAGGAGUGGCAGAGCGUGCGUAGUCUGCUGGGUAAGCACAUGUUGCGUCCCAAGGCGGUCGAAGCAUAUGAUGGCACCUUGAAUGCCGUGGUAACGGACCUUAUCGCCAAACUCAAGCUUCGCAGCCAACAAAACCCACAGAGCAUUGUUAACGACAUUGCAGGAGAGUUCUACCGCUUUGGGCUUGAAGGGAUUUCUUCAGUGUUGUUUGAAUCCAGAAUAGGGUGUCUGGACCCAGUUGUUCCUGCGGAAACAGAGCAGUUCAUCCAGUCCAUUAACACUAUGUUUGUCAUGACUCUCCUCACCAUGGCGAUGCCCAGAUGGCUUCACCAGCUCUUUCCCAAACCCUGGGACACCUUCUGCCGCUGCUGGGACUAUAUGUUUCAGUUUGCGAAAGGUCAUAUUGAUGAACGCCUUAAGGAAGAGGCAGAGAAAAUUGCACGGGGAGAGGAAGUGGAAGGCCGGUACCUCACCUACUUUCUGUCACGGGCUGGCAUGCCCAUGAAAUCAGUGUACAGCAAUGUGACAGAGCUGCUGUUGGCAGGAGUGGACACUAUCUCCAGCACGUUGUCCUGGUCCCUGUACGAGCUGUCUCGUCACCCUGAGAUCCAGGACUCGCUGAGGCAAGAGGUUCUGGGCAUUCUUUCAGGGCGACAGAUUGCUACAGCGGCAGAUGUGGGCCGCAUGCCCCUUAUGAAGGCUGUUGUGAAGGAGAUACUAAGGCUGUACCCAGUUAUUCCUGCCAAUGCCAGAGUCAUUUCAACUAGAGACAUUCAGGUUGGAGGCUACCUCAUCCCCAAAAAUACCCUGAUUACUCUCUGUCACUACGCCACAUCCAGAGACCCCGCACACUUCCCAAAUCCUGACGUCUUUGUGCCACAACGCUGGUUAACCCGCAAUGACGGGCACCACCCAUAUGCCUCUGUGCCUUUUGGAGUGGGCAAACGCAGCUGUAUCGGCAGACGCAUUGCUGAACUCGAACUGUACCUGGCCAUCGCACGGAUUUUAGUGCAGUUUGAUGUGAAACCUGAACCAGAGGCCCAUGUGGUUCGACCCAUGACCAGAACCCUCCUGGUACCGGAGAGCGAAAUCAACCUCCAGUUCAUUGAGCGCUGAGCGAGUCAUCGUAGACAGUGACCGCACAAAGUAGAUCUGGCCACUCGCUGGAGCGGAGUUUGGGUCGGAGUGCACUGCAGAGGCCUGGGAGUCCACAGAACUACAAAGUGCAAAGUGCAGAAGUGAACACGAGGCCCGGGCGACAGGCCACGAUUAUGGGUCAGAAACCUGAACUGAAUAUGCCUCCGGGUUACCAAGGUCCAAUUCGUCAGUUCCGUAACUACAGUUUGUUGUAUGGGGGGGUGGGGGGAAAGGGGAUGUUCAAUGCUUACAAGAUUUUUCAUGAACAAUGUAUUAGUCAAAGCAUGCUUGAAAUGUUUUCAAAACACCCUCUUGAAUAUUCCAGCGAGGAGUGAUUAUGUGGUUGUAUUGCAUGCUAAAAAUUCCUCACCACGUGACAUACAUUCCUCUGAUUUUAUUGCAGUUGGGAAGAUAAACCCCAGCACAAGUUGUACAGUUUGUAUGCAGCUUAUACUACAAUGCACCAAAGGAAUAGACAGAUGCAGCUCCCAUUGUAAAAAAAAUCCUUUCUCAUAUGGACGAAUCCACUUAUAUCUCAAAUAUCAGUCAUAGUUAUCUUCCUUUGGUCUUGGGAACGAUUCACAUUUUUCCUUUAACAACAGUGGUAGGUGUUUGAGUAAAACACCACCCUCAAACAGGUGCUCCUAAAAAAUGUAUUGGAGGCAUAAUAAGAAAUAUGGUUUAUCCAUAAUAAUCGGAUAUGAGGAGAGAAACACAGCCAACACUUGAAUAUAUUUCCAAGGAGUUCUAAGGGUCCAUAAAAUUGUGAUCAACACAUUAAAAAAAAAGUGGAAAUGGAAAUAUUUUGAUGUGGUGCCACAGUGAUCACAAUUACAUCCUCCUCGUUAACGAGUCCCAACUUCUACUUGAGCUUAAGAAUAGAACCUCACUCAUAUUGCAAAUUAAUCUUUAGAGACUAAAAACCGGAAAAUAUUUCAGGCUGCGUGCAGUCAAGCAGUUGUUCUACGGCACUGCAGAUUGAUAUUCAAUCUGUAAUAACUCCUGUUUUCUGCCGGCAGCAUUGCAUAUCAGUACAGCAGUGAGCUACCGCUCUUUCAUCCUCUAAUCCUCUUUGGAUGAGCAAUGCCUUAGUUUAUUUUUAAUGUGGCUCUAAAUAUGUUGUUUUGUUUUUCUUCUUCUUUUAUUUUUUUUAAUGGAGAAUCUCUCAGAUCUGUGAAUGAACCUUCUCAUAUUUAGAUCUGUGUUUUCUAAAACACAAUAAACUUGACAUCUGCAUAUACUUGAAAAAAAAAACACAUCAGAAACUUGUCAUGAGCAUAUACUUGAAGAGGAGAGCCCUUGUAUCACGGGACAUUUUAAAAAUUUCUUUCAUUUCAUUGUAAUUUUUUUUUACAGUGUUUACUUUGUUUAUUGUUUUUCUUGUAAUUUUGCAUUAUUUUAGCCAGGAAAACAUGGUAAAAAAUAUCCUCCAUGCCAUAUGUAUGAUAUUGUGAGUCUGUAACUUCAAGGCAUGAACUUUGUGGAUAUGCAGUAUUGGUGCUCAUAAGAUGGUGCUGCAGUAACAACUCAGAGAAUUCAGGGAUUUAUUUUUGUAGAAAAUUCCUGUGGAAUCCUGACAAAACGUAGAUUCCUUAUGUUUGUGUCUGUUUGUCUCUUUUACUGUGGACAUUUUGUACAUCUUUAUGAACAAGACCAGACUUGAAAUGUUUGCCAGUCUCAGCCAUGUACUUGUAAACAGUAUUUAUUUUGUCAUCUGUUUAUAUCAAUAAUGCAUGAACAUGUAGUUGAAACAUAAUUCAUUUAAACCAUAUUGUCAUGUUGUUUAUACAUUCUUUAGUUUCCAAAAACAUAUAUUGUGCCAGUUAUAUAUUUAUUAUCUUUGA